AUCCUGCUUCCAAUCUGUGAAUAUAUUCCAUUUCAUUAGGUAUCUCCGUCAAAACGUACGUAAUUUUUUUUUACCAACUUGAUCGCAUCGCCAACCCGAUAUUUGUUAUUGAAUUCAGGACAUUCCGCCUAUAUAAAAUGAGAGGCAUUUGUUGUCAAGAACCAGGUCUGAGAGGGGUGGGAUUCGAGCUUGGAACCUCCAAGUUGUAUUGUAUAUUUUUUGAGCGAGUAAAGUGGGGUUGGUUUUUCAAGUAAGAUGAAUGCUCUUGUUGCAACCAGUCGCAACUUCAAGCAAGCAGCUCGGCUUCUGGGUUUGGACUCCAAGCUUGAACGGAGUCUGCUGAUUCCUUUUCGGGAGAUCAAGGUUGAAUGUACCAUUCCUAGAGAUGAUGGAUCAUUAGCAUCAUAUGUUGGCUUUAGGGUGCAACAUGAUAAUGCUCGGGGACCAAUGAAGGGAGGGAUACGCUACCAUCCUGAGGUUGACCCAGAUGAGGUAAAUGCCCUGGCACAACUAAUGACAUGGAAGACUGCAGUUGUAAACAUACCAUAUGGAGGGGCUAAGGGUGGCAUUGGUUGUUCCCCAGGGAAUUUAAGCCUUAGUGAGUUAGAGCGACUUACUCGUGUCUUUACUCAGAAGAUACAUGACUUGAUUGGUGUCCAGACAGAUGUUCCAGCUCCUGAUAUGGGUACCAAUUCACAGACAAUGGCCUGGAUAUUAGAUGAGUACUCAAAAUUCCAUGGCUACUCACCAGCAAUUGUAACGGGAAAACCUGUUGAUUUGGGCGGUUCCCUUGGUAGAGAUGCUGCAACUGGUAGAGGUGUUAUGUUUGCAACAGAGGCUCUGUUGGCAGAGUAUGGGAUGAGUAUAUCAGAUCAGCGUUUUGUUGUCCAGGGUUUUGGGAAUGUUGGUUCUUGGGCAGCUGAAAUUAUUCAUGAAAAUGGAGGAAAAGUGGUUGCAGUUAGUGAUGUUACAGGAGCUAUAAAGAACAGAAAUGGCCUUGACAUUCCAGCUUUAAUUAAACAUGUGAAGCAAAAUGGUGGAGUCAAAGACUUUGAAGGAGCAGAUUCAAUUGAUCCAAAAACUCUUUUGCUUGAAGACUGUGAUGUGCUCAUCCCUGCUGCCCUAGGGGGUGUUCUCAAUAGGGAAAAUGCUGGUGAUGUGAAAGCCAAAUUCAUAAUAGAAGCGGCCAAUCAUCCCACAGACCCAGAAGCAGAUGAGAUAUUAUCCAAGAAAGGUGUUAUAAUACUACCAGACAUAUAUGCAAAUGCUGGUGGUGUGACUGUCAGCUAUUUCGAGUGGGUUCAGAAUAUCCAAGGUUUCAUGUGGGAUGAGACAAAGGUCAAUGAUGAGCUGAAGAAGUAUAUGACAAGGGCUUUUCAAAAUCUGAAAGAAAUGUGUGGCACUCAUAAUUGUAAUCUACGAAUGGGAGCUUUUACUUUAGGAGUGAAUCGGGUGGCUCGUGCCACUGUCUUAAGAGGUUGGGAAGCCUAAAAUAGUUACUUUGUGCAUGAAAUAUUUUCUCUACGGCAAGCCAAGCAACAAUUGCCAUUUUCUUAUUUGAUCAUGUUAAUGAACUAGUCCCUGAAACGCCCUAGGGCAGAAGCCAGGGCUUUUUUGUUGAUCCUAAUAUUCAUUGCUUAACAGUAGGCUAUGGCAUUGAUACAAUGAGAUUUAUAGCACAGUGGAAAGACUUUUGAAUCCCAA